UCUAGACCACUCACUACUACAGUCGAGCAAACACGAUGCUCUACUCUCGUUUCCUUUCUGUCUCGAGUCUGCUGCUUGUGACCACGUGUGCAAUGCAAAUAACUGCAGUUGCUGGUCUGAAGAAUUCACGUACUAAGAUACCUGCAAGUGAGCCGUUUGCAACUGAUGUCGACAUCAAAAUGUCAAGAGCAAGACGACAAGACUCGAGUUGUAAAAGUGACUGGUCGUUUUAUGAAGGCAGUUGCUACAUUGUGAUAAAGACUCAACAACCGGUGAGCUGGUACCAAGCACAACAAACGUGCUACAACAUUGGAGGCAACUUACCAACUAUUGCCACCCAGCAGGAAGACGACUUUGUAAUAAAAAUGGUCUGUACCCACUGUUCUGGUCACUACCAAUAUUAUUUGGGUUACCAUGACAAAUUCAAUGAAAACACGUUUGUUUGGCUGGACGGUACGAGUUCGAGUUUUACUAACUGGAGACAAGGAGAACCAAAUAAUAUUUUUGCGGGCGAAGACUGCGUUGAAGCGAUAAAACAGAAGAGUGGAAAACGGAAUGAUCAGAAGUGGAAUGACAUUGCGUGUGAGGUCAAGUACAGCAAGUGCUUCGUUUGUGAAGACAGUCGUUUCUGUCCUUACGGUUGGACGUCAUUUCAAAACAAGUGUUACCGUCUGUUUCACAACAAAUCCAGAAUUAGUUGGAAAGCGGCCAGAAACGUGUGCCGAGCAGCAUCGGCCGACCUCGUCUCAAUAAAGAGCCACAACGAGCAAGCAUUUCUCGACAGUUUUCUCAACCGACGAGACUGGUACUACAUCGGAUACAGCGACGAGAAACAGGAGGGCUUGUGGCAGUGGACCGACGAGACACAAUCGGACUUUACCAACUGGGAAGAAGACGAACCGAACGAUGCGAACGAAUCGGGUCGAAACACGACGUCGGAAGACUGCGCCGCGGCUCACGCCGGACGCAAGUGGAACGACGUUCCCUGUGUGGGAAGUUACUACAAGUUGUUUGUGUGUAAAAUGUAGAAAUCACGUGACCUGUUCAAACAUCUCUAGAGGCAGUAGUUAGAAGUUAAUAGAUGUGUAAUUCAUGUUUAGCACUGUACAAGGCAUGUUACAGUUUGUACACUUUGCCACAUUGCGUAAUAAGAGAAAUAAAUUAGACAAAG